AUGAAAAAAAUUUCAAAGUACAUUGCUAUUAUUGCUAUUUUAUUUUUAGCUCGAUUUCUAUGUAUUAAGGAAAAAAAAACAGUGUUAUCCUUUUUAGGAUUAAUAGAAAGUAGAGGUAGAAAUUCGAAUAGGAAUUCUAAAAUAAAUAAGCUACCAGUAAUUAAAGAUUCUACAAAAUUAAUAAGUAUUAUAGAUAAAACACCUAAAAAGCAAUAUAUAACUUAUAUUUACCAUAGUUCUAUUUGCUCUUAUUGCUCUUUAAUAAUGGAUGCUUUAGAAGGUAAUGAGCAUGUUGAAAUGGUAGAUAUGGAUGAAGAUAGUAAAUUAGAGGAUUUGAUAAAAACCGAUAAACCUAUUGUUGUUAUAUUAAAAAAUAUAAAUAAGGAAGAUUCAGUUGAGAGAAGUAAAUUUUAUCAUGAGUUACAAACAAAAGGAGGUAAACUUCGUGUGCCUGCUUUAGAAAUAGAUAAUCACAUAAUGUAUGAGUCUCAAGAGAUAUUAGCAUUUUAUAAACAUUUACUUAGUAAAUUUGAAAAUUGA